AGUCAGUCUUCCUACGCUCUGUCCUUUGUUCACCAGGUCGUGAAAUAGUCAUUCCUUUAAUAGUCACUCGUUUAAAAUGGUGUCGCUCAAGGCUAUUGGAGUUGCUUAUGUAGCAGCGAACCUCUUAGGGGUCAACGCAGGUCUGUGUCGCCCAUCGACCAGGACUUCGCUUAGCCAGUCCGGUUCCGAAACCCCGACCUCGGGCAGUAGUACCAUCCCGGCAACAUCAUCGGAUCAUACCUCCUCGACUGAUGGAACAACUGCUACCAAUCCCACGACAUCUGGAACUCAAACUUUAUCCAGCAGUGAAACUCUUGUUUCGUCUAGCAACACAGCAACAUCAGGUGUUUCAACAUUAUCGACUGUUGAGACCUCCAGUAAUCCUACGAUCUCUGUUGAUCUUACCACGUCUGGUAACCCUACCACGUCAAGCGAUGCCGUGACCUCUGUUGGGUCCACGACCUCUGGUGCUUCUACCAUGUCUACUGAGACCUCAGUAUCCAUCGAACCCACAACGUCAAGCAUUCCUACCACCACUGCUGAAACCUCAGCGCCCACUGAUACCACGACAUCCACUGGAGCUACGACGUCUGAUGAAUUUACGACUACUGCCGAUACAACAACAACUGCUAAUCCUACGACCUCCGCAGAUACCACAACAACUUCGUCAGAGCCUACAACUACAACCCCAGUCUGUGUUGAGCCCACCAACUUGCUUAGACAACCCGGCUUCGAGCCUUCAGACGACGGAACCGUCUGGGGUUUCUACUGGGGCGGUGGCGAUAUUGAGAAUGACCCCGACCAAGCUCGAACUGGUGAUUACCUCGCUGUUCUACCUGUUCCUGACGGACAGGAACGACGCAUGGAGCAGCGCAUCCACAUAACGCCGGGCACAGAGUAUACUGUCAGCUUCUGGUAUUCUGUCGCAAACCCACCAUCCGUCAACACGCAAUGUUUCCUGUUUGCUACUUUCGAUUACUACACGACACUGAAGCAAGUUCCGCUUCCGUCUGACUCUGAAUACCAUCAGUACACGUCGAGCUUCAUUGCAGCGGAUAACUUGGAUCCUGCUAUUGAGAUCGGCGUCUCUUGUCCGGGUGUAGGCAAUGGAUAUACUGCUACAAUUAACAUUGAUGAUACAUCUGUUCUGGAUUCUACCAACGAGUGCGAUGCUACUCCCGUCGAACCCAACGCUCCCCCCAAGUCCACGCUCCUUGUUCCCGCACAGCCUGAGGCACCUCACUGCCCUGUGAAUCUGGUCCAAGUCCCUGGCUUUGAGGCUGAUGAUGCCGACCAGGCAUGGGCUUUCUACAACAGGGGAGAAUUUGUGCAGGAUGAGUCCAAUGCUCGAACCGGAGAGAGGGAGGCGCUUCUCCCUAGUGGAACUAGAAACGAUGCCAUCUUCCUCGAGCAAAACAUCGACUCAUCAGAUCUCGUAGCCGGCGAAACCUACGAUUACCACUUUUUCUGGAAGCCCAAGACUCUGCCAGACAACGGCCAGUGCUACAUGUACGGUGGUUACAAUGACCAAAUCGGCUUUCAGACGGCCGCGAUCAAUUUCGGAGCAACAUCAUCGACUGGCUACACUCUCUACUCAGCUCGUUUCACAAUGCCAGCUGGUAACCUCCUUCUUCAAAUCGUCUUCUUUUGCGAUUACAGCUCUGGCAAUACAGUGCUUGGAUCGGUUUACGUCGAUGAUACGGCACUGAUCAAAGUUGGUGGUUGCGAGGCAUAUCCUGUCACAGGGGCGCUCAUUGAGAACCCUAGCUUUGAGAUCCAGGCGACCGAAGAUAGUACCUAUGCUUGGUUUGGCACCAAUGGCAUGAGAAUCAGGGCCGGAAGCACAGCUGACGGCCCCUCCCCUAACUCGGGCAACAACUUCUUAUAUGUUCAACUUGGGUCGAGCAAGAAAUCUGCCACGGUUACCAAACCACUGGCUAGUGCCUUGGUUGCAAGCCAGACGUAUACCCUCGAGUUCAACUGGUCGGCCGGCUCCGCGUACGUGCCGAGCACUUGCUCAUUCAAGAUCGACUUUGGUUCAGUUUCCGAGACUCUUGAACUCAACGACCAGAUCACUGCGUAUCAGUACCAACCGUUCCAGUACAGUUUCACGGCGGCUGAUGAUGCGGAAUCCAUGUCCGUCACUGUUGAGUGCACAGAUGCAAGUGGAUUCCCUGACUUCGUGUUUGAUGAUUUUUCCCUUCAGUAAAGGAAUGGAGAUUGGAAAUGACUAGGACAGCGCCAUUUUUUCACUUAUAUAUUCAUCGGUAUCUAUAGUUCUAUUCACAGUAUGUUUCUAUUGUGGCUUCAGGCCAGCACAUAAUACACAUUUCAUCACCC